CUGUAACUGACUUCAUACAUGUUAGAAUCUUGAGUAAGAGGAAGUGCAAGUGUUCCUGGCAGAUGACGGAAACUUGUUGGCUUCUUCCGAAGAACAUCCUGCAUCCUGUCCUAUACAUCUGCAAGAUAUCAGAAGAAGAAUACCAGAUAGCCGUAUGACGGGACCAGUGGACGCGAUGGCCUCCGAACAGGCGGAUCCGGAGGCCAGCAAGAUGGAUUUCAGCAAUAAGGACCAUUUCGACGGGUUCCUCGAAGAAAGAAACUCUCACGUACAGAGCGGAGAAAAGGGGUGUGAAGAGACACAGCAGUCAUGUCAACAUCCAGGUCCAGACGACAGCCACUAUGCACUCGCUAUAGUCGGAAUCGGUUGCCGGAUGCCUGGCGGCACAGACACCCCCUCGAAGUUCUGGGACGUCAUCAGAGAAGGAAGAAACGUCAUCACCGAGGUUCCACCAGAAAGAUGGUCCCUUGAAGCCUACCACAGCACAGACCCACACCAGUCAGGUACCCACGUCACACGCAAGGCUGGGUUUGUGGACGACAUCGACAUGUUCGACCACACCUUCUUCAAGAUCUCGCCUCGUGAGGCCGCCAUGAUGGACCCCCAGCAGCGCCACCUGCUGGAAGUGACGUACGAGGCGUUUGAAGAUGCAGGUAUCACGCCUGAGAGUGUGUCUGAGUCGUGUGGUGUGUUUGUAGGAAUAGGCAUGAUGGAUUAUGCUUUGUUCAUGGCAGGAGACAAACACCUGUUCAACUCAUAUGUAAACACAGGAAUAGCGCAUAGCGUGGCCGCAAACAGAAUCUCCUAUGCCUUCAACCUGAAGGGACCGAGUCUUGCUGUAGAUACCGCAUGCGCAGCAUCAAUGACAGCCAUCCACAUCGCGUGUUCCUCCUUGAGGAACAAAGAAUGCAGCGUCGCCCUCGUGGGGGGCAGCAAUGUGCUCCUCAUGCCGGAGGUAACCGUAGCUUUCAGCGCAAUGGGGGUUCUGUCACCUGACGGAUUCAGCUGUCCAUUUGACGCAUCUGCCAACGGCUACGUCCGCAGUGAAGGGUUUGGAGCCGUCCUGGUCAAGCCUCUCAGCGACGCCAUACGAGACGGAGAUCACGUGUACAGCAUCAUCAAAGGAAGUGCCAUAUCCGACAACGGCUUCAGUCACAGCAUCACCAUGCCGUCCUCCAGUGCACAGGAGCAGCUCAUGAGGACAACCUACGCCCGCUUCGGAGUUCCCCUCUCAGAUGUCCUGUACGUUGAGGCUCACGGCACCAGUACGCCCGUCGGUGAUCCCGCAGAAGCUGAAGCUAUUGGAAACACCUUCGGUCCACAUCGCGCCUCCCCCUUGAGGAUCGGCUCUGCCAAGAGCAAUUUUGGACACAUGGAGUGCGCUGCAGGGAUGGUGGGUGUCAUCAAGACAGCACUGAUGCUGGAUAAGCGAACCCUCUGUCCCUCCGUCAACUACAACUCACCGACUCCUAAAGUUGACUUUGAAGAGCUUGGCAUCUCCGUACAGACCAAAGUAGAGAACUUUCCUGACAACAAAAACGUGACGCUUGGCGUGAACUGUUUUGGAUUUGGAGGAGCCCUGGCCCAUGUCAUCAUGGAGGAACACAACGCUACACCGCCAGUAGCUCCGACCCACCACAGGAGGGGAUGGCAGUUCGGACCAAGUGACCAAGAAGGUGAAUUCGUCAUUCUGCCACUGAGUGGAAAGUCUUCAGACGCCCUCAGAGACCUUUCUGCAAAGUGGCUGACUUUUCAAGACGAGAAAGAUGCCCUCAGCGUUUCUUCAUGGGUAGCGACACGCAGGAACCACUACCAAAAUAGACUUGCUGUCGUCACCAAUUCUGGGGCCAAAGCAAGAGAAGGCCUGCAAUGUUUUGCCAACAAGAUGGCUACUGACGACGUCAUCACUGGCACAUCACAGAAUGCCCGCCCUAAAGUCUGCUUUGUCUUUCCUGGUCAAGGGCAGCAAUGGGAUGACAUGGGAAGGAAGUUGUAUCAGCUAGAGCCUGUAUUCAGGGAAACAGUCGAUGCAUGUGACCAGAUCUUCACACAAGUCAGUGGAUGGUCCCUUAUGCAGAAGGCCGGGUUGUUCACCACAAGUGACGGUUCCGCGGCUCCCGCCGAGUUCACACUUGCAGAAAUGAAAGUCUCCCAACCCGCAAUACUCUUCACCCAGGUGGGGUUGUUUGCUUUGCUGAAGCAUUGGUGCAUUUCCCCUGACGUGAUCGUCGGUCACAGUCUAGGAGAAGUUGCAGCAGCCUAUGCGUGCGGUGGUCUGACUUUGGACGAAGCUAUCCGGGCUAUCUACAUCAGAAGCACAGAACAAGCCAAACUGCAGGGAUGUGGGAGCAUGGCAGCCAUGCGUGCAUCAAGGAUAGAGGCUGAGGAGCUUGUUGCUAAGAGUCAGGGAGUGAAAUUGGCGUGCGACAAUUCUCCCACAUCUGUCACAGUAGCAGGAACGACAGAAGCCAUUGCUGCACUUCAAGAUCAAAACCCAACAAAGGUCAAAAUGCUGCGUGUCUCCUGUGCCUUCCACACCGACCACAUGGACCCCAUCAGAGAGUCCUUCCUCGAGGCGAUGUCUUCCGUACAGCCUGACAGACAUGGAGAAGCUCCCGCACCUUUGUACUCCACUGUGACAGGGCAGCAUUACACCGGGAGGUUUGACGGUCAGUAUUGGUGGAAAAACAUCAGGGGAGAGGUCAAGUUUACCUCCGCCAUUCGGUCCAUAAUCCAAGAUCACAAUCCUGAUGUUUUCAUCGAACUUGGUGCCUCCGCUACGCUGUUGUCGUCCGUCAGCCAAACACUCAAGCAUGAAAACUGCCCAAUGAAAGUCACCGUGCCAUGUGGACAACGUCAGCAAAAUGACCACAAAUGCAUGCUGCGUGCCUUGGCCACAUUGUACGUGAAUGGGAUGGACAUCAACUGGACAAAUGUAACUCAGGACGCAGCUGAGUGGACGCCUGCCCCAACAUACGCCUGGCAGCACCAACGACAUUGGCAAGAGGCCGAAUCCUCACGGAAAAGGAGGCUGGGUCUCGAGGAUCGCACCUUCAAGGGACAAAACGGGCACAUCACCCUUGAAAAGUUCCCCUUCCUUGCAGAUCACGUAGUGAACGACAGCGUGGUGUUUCCAGGGGCGGGAUAUAUUGAAUACAUGGUGCAGAUGGCUGUAGAUAGCUCUGACAACCCAACACUGCAGGACAUUCAGUUUAAAAAUGUCCUUGUUUGGCCAGACGUUAGCGACCUCAACAAAUCUAACGCCACUAUCCACCUGACGUACACAAAGGAGGGAAGGAAGCUAGAGGUAGCCACAGACAGAGUACACGCGGGGUGUCUGCUCACUCAACCCAGCAAUGUCAGCUCUGAGAGUAUUAUGGAAACGACGCCUACAGAGGCCAUGGAAAAGGUCACGGGUCAGAAUUUUUACGAAAGAUUCAGUGACUUGGGACUGAUGUACGGCCCCGAGUUUCAGGUCGUGAACGAGGCCUUCGUGGGUGACUGGAAAGCCAUUGGCUUCCUGAAGCCAGCAACAGAUGCGCAGCAAAGAGUCCAAACCACAACACUGGAUGGAUGCUUUCAGGUUGCCCUCGCUGCCAUAGGACCCUGCUCAACUCUAUAUCUCCCCACUCAGAUCACCACAUUCAGCAUGCUCGUACCCUCCCUACCACUCGGGGAACACGUGGUAGCACAUGCUACAGUUGUCUCCCGUUCCAGCAUGUCAGUCAAGGCCAACAUAAUACUGGCGACAGUCCAGGGGAACAUCCUUGCGCAAAUCGACGGCUUCGAAGCGACAAAUGUUUCCGGUAUCAACUCUGACGUCGACACAGACAGCUGCUUGUAUGAAACAAGAUGGCAGCCUGUCAUCUCUCCUCUGCCGGAAACAAGUAUCUUCUGCGACCUGUUCAAAGAAGAACAUCUGCAGAAACAGUACAGCGAUGAAAUGGAGAUGAUAGAGGCAGCAGAGAAAGCCCUGCCUAACCUCAAACGUCUAGCUUUAUCCUACGUUCAACUCGCGUUGGAUACUGUUCCAGAGGCCGAGGUCAGCCCAAGAAACAAGAGGUACAUAGAGAGGCUCAGAACCAUCAUCGACGACGUGGAUAAGACCGCAUUUGACACGAUGUCACUAGAUGAGAUCCACAAGUCCCUGGAUGAAAUGAGAAAAGACGUACCGGCGAUGAGGCUCGAGUUCAGCAUGCUGCAGCGCCUUGGGGACAUUCUGCCGACCAUUCUCCGUGACCCCUCAGCAGCCCUGCCGAUUCUCUUUGCCGCCGACUGCCUAGCUGACUACUUCAUGGACUCACUGACAACAAGACUGUACUACCGCGCUUGCACUGAUGCCAUAGAACAAGCUGUGAAGACCUCACUCGAGCAGAAACAAACUGUUCGCAUCCUUGAAGUAGGAGGUCGCAUGGGAGGACUGGCGCGCUACCUACUGAAACCUCUCAAAGACCAAGGAGAUGCGGGGCACAUUGAGUACGUCUUCACCGACCUGAACACAACCUUCUUUGCACAUGCCAGCCAAGUCCUUGAAGAUUACGCUUUUGUCAAGUAUCAACAGCUGGACAUCGAGAAAGCGGUGGAGCCACAGGACUUCAUCCCAGGAACGUUCGACAUCGUCGUCUGCAUGGACACCCUUCACUCAGCGGUGGACGUGAUGGAAGGCUUGAAGUACAUGCAAAGUCUUCUCUGUCCCGGUGGCUGGCUUGUCAUGUUCGAAGCGACAAACGCUUUCUACAUGUGCGAGGUUGUGUUUGGAUCAUUGGAGCUUUGUUGGGUGUAUGAUGAUGACUACAGGACGGACACAUGUUGGCUGUCCAGGGAAGGGUGGAGAAGCCUAUUUGAAGAUGGAGGAAUGCACGAUGUUGUGAGUGUGUCAUCGCCUCAGGAGUUCUUCCAUUCUAUCACCAUCGGCAGAAAAAACACGCCCUUACAACAAGCAGCUCCUGCUAUUUUGCAAACUGAUGACAGCCAACAGUGGCUUCUCGUGGGGCCUACUGACAGCCCCCUUAUCAACGCAGUGCAGAGGCUGGUACCCGAAAACACAAUGGUACGUUCCAUCGGUGACAGGAUCGAUAUUCCCAGCCAUGGCCUUCCCUUGCGAGUUGUGUACGUCUGGCCAGAAGACGACAAGUCCCUGGUACACGCCCGGUCCCUAACCAACACCCUGUACCAGGCGUCCGAGAGAGUUCGGGACAUGUGGGUUUUCACAGUAAGUGGCAGUGUUGAGUGUGACUGUCCGACAGCAUCUGCCGCCACGGGCUUCUUCCGAGUUGUAAACAACGAGAUCAGAGACCUCCAAAUCUACACAGUAGAUCUACCUUCAGACAUUCUGAACGGCUUGACGGACGUGGUUGAGACCUUGCUGAAGUCCGACCCACCGACCGAGAGGGAACUAUCCAUCCGUAACGGCGAAAUCCUGACGCCAAGACUCGUGAAGACGUCCAUCUCAGACGGCAUCAGCACGUCGCCCUCCGAAAGCUGGGCUCUGGAUAUCGCUCCCGGGAAGACAGGAACAUUGGAUGACAUGGCGUUCUACGGGCAAGCAUCCACAUCUCUGUCAGACAACGAAGUCAAAGUCAAAGUUCAUGCAGCCGGUUUGAAUUUCAAAGAUGUAAUGAUGGCUCUGGGUCUUCUGGAAGGGCUCAAGUUGCAAACACAGUUUGGCCUUGAAUGUUCAGGAACAGUCGUGGAAGUCGGUAAUGAUGUGAAGAGGAUCAAAGUUGGAGACGAGGUCAUCGCCUUUGGUGACCACUGCUUCGCGUCACACGUGACUUGUGACGAGCACUUUGUCAUGGCCAAGCCUUCACACAUCAGCUGGGCGGAUGCAGCUGGGUUCAGCAUGGUGUACAUCACCGCGUACUACGCCUUGAUCGAGAGAGCACGGCUACAAGAAGGGCAGACACUGCUGAUACACUCUGCCUGUGGUGGGGUGGGACAAGCAGCCAUACAAGUGGCAGGCAUGGUUGGGGCCCGUGUGUUCUGUACGGCCGGAUCUGAAGAGAAGCGCAACUACCUACGGCAGAUGGGAAUGACACACGUGUCUGACUCCAGGUCUACCCAGUUCUACCAUGACGUCAUGAAAUGGACAGAUGGCGAAGGAGUAGAUGUCGUGCUCAGCUCCUUGUACGGUGACCUGCAGACUGCCGCCAUGAAGUCUCUAAAAGCCGGAGGCACGUUCUGCGAAAUCGGGAAACGCUCCAUUCUCGAAGGCGUAGGCAUGGACAUGGGACCGCUGUUGAACAACAAGACGUUCCUGUCUGUUCAGCUGGAUCUGCUCAUGAAGGAGAGACCGAAGUACGUCCGAAAGAUGAUGGAGACAAUCUGCUCUCUUCUGAAGAAAAGACACAUCGCUCCUGUGCUGACGACAGUUAAAACCAUUGACGACUACAAGGAGACGUUUCGGUGGAUGUCAAAGGGCCAACAUGUCGGCAAGGUUGUCUUUAAGAUGCCAGUCAAGUUUGAACCGGAGAGCUUGGUGCCAUCUUCACACAUACUCGAGGCAAACGGUACUUACCUCAUCACUGGCGGGUUUGGAGGGGUUGGACAAUCCCUGGCCCGUUGGCUGGUAGACCAUGGAGCAAAGCACAUUGCCCUCCUGUCCAGAAAUGGGUGCAAAACAGCUGAAAAUGUUCACACUGUAGAGUACAUGGAGUCCAAAGGUGGAAAGGUGUACACGUACGAAGCGGACGUGUCAAACAAGACAUCCCUGACAAACGUGCUGAACCAUCUCAGAGCCGACCCCUCGGUCCCUGCGCUGAAAGGCAUCUUCCAUCUCGCUGCUGUCAUUGAUGAUGCCAAUGUGUUGGACGUGAAGGACAGUCAGCUGGAAAAGUCACUAGCAGCGAAGGCGUGGGGAGCCCUCCACCUGCACGAGCUGACACAGGACGAUGACCUGGACAUCUUCUUCCUGCUGUCAUCUGUCACUGCCGCCUGGGGGAAUCCAGAGCAAUGCGGGUAUGUGGCGGCCAACAGCAUCCUGGAUGCCCUCGCUGAACACCGACACCGGCGGGGACUUCCGGCACUGUCUCUCCAGCUUGGAGCCGUCAGAGGUGUGGGGAUCCUGGAAGGCAACACUAAAGCAGCCAAAAUCGUCACAGGGAAGGGCAUGCUGACUCUCCACAUUGACGAGUGCCUCCAAAUGUUGCCACGCCUGCUACGGGCCAGGGACACUCCUGUUGUCACACUGGCCAACAUGGAUUGGGCCAAAUGCAUGCAGUUCUCCUACACGACGAGCAUGAAGUUCCGUCAUCUUGCAGCUGGAAAGAACAAGGAGAAGUCCGUUGACGCUGACUUGAACGAAGACGACCUACGCGAGCAGGUUCUGGAGCAGCUGGGACAGAUCCUCUGCAUGCCGCCCAGCCAGAUCGACCCCGACCAGCCCAUGAUCAACUACGGCGUGGACUCCCUGAUGGCCGUGGACAUUGUCAACUGGAUGAACAAGAACUUCGACCUCAGCGUGUCCCAACUGGACAUCUUGGGCGGGAUGACAACGACCACGUUAGUGGGGAAAGCUGUAGUUGGGGAGGUAGCACUUCCCUUGCGCAAGUAGGUGAAAGGGACAGAGGGAUGGGGAAACAUGGAAUGUGGUCUACUGUUCCCUCAAACUUUUACAAACUUAAGGAGCAUGAUCAUUAGCAAACGUUUUCCAAACUUUGAAUAGAUGAAAUGGGAGUUGAGAUGGCGUAGAUUGACUAAGAGUCUGUAUUUUAGUAAAAGUUGUAUUUUUUCAGAAUGGAGUGCACUAUUUUAAUCGGGCCUAUUUUCAUCUUUCAGCACACUUGUUUCAGGCUAUUUUGAUCUUUCAGCCCAUUUGUUCUAGAAGGAUUGCAUAUUGUUGUGCUGUGAAAUUUGUAUUUUCAAAAUGAAGUGGUAUUCUAUAGCAGUACCA